AUGAAACCUGCCUGCUUGUUAGUGUCAGCCUUUGUAGUGCUAAUACUAGUGCUCGUGAUCCCGGAAACGCAUGGCAAUGUGCAUGAUUUUGAUGGCAAUGAACUGCACACUCCGCCGUACGAUCGGCGCCGUCCAUUCGGCAAAGAGCAGAUGCCAGUGGGACGCGGAUUUACGGACAGUGCGCGCGAUAUACUGGCCAGUCCAGCCGGUCAGUUGGCUGCGUACGUCGCCAAGGAGAUGAUCAGUCGUUCGGCAGGAAAUAGCCAGGUGCUCAGCUUGAACCUGACGAACCUCUUGAUUCUGUUUCUGCUGAAAGCGCUCAUCUUCGCCGCCGGACUGAUCGGGGCCGGGAACUGGAGCCAGUACGCGCGAGGCCGCAGCGAAGCAGGUGCUGCCAAUGGGGGAUUUUUACUGCCGGGUGAAGCGAACCUCAUCGUCGGCUAUCUGGCCGCGGAAGGUUCCGGCCAGGACGGAUGCCUGAUGCGUUCCGCCUGCCGUGCACCGCGGACGGCGGACGAGUACGCGCGGGCGGCACACGCCCUCAUGAAGGGUGCGGAAAUGUUCAACCCGGAAAUAGCGGACAACUACAACUACAAGCGUCUGCUGGCGAGUCUGGACCGGGCCGCGAUGGAAGGCCUGCAAGGAGCGCCGUGCGAAAUGAUCUACGCCUGUCAUAUCUGA